GGUCUUGGAUAUAAGGCCCCGUCGGAGCAGCCUCGGCACAACACAACCUGCUCCAGCAACGCCAACAGCGAGCAGCAACUCCAGUUCCAGCACCUCUGCUCGUGAGAAGAGGACCCAGAAGGCUCCAACAUGGACAGAUGCCGAGUUCAGUGCUACGAGUACCCCACCUGCCCAGAGGCUCUGAAAGUUCCCAGGGAGGAGGUUGCCUACGUGACCUGUACCUACAGGGAAACCUGCAUCGACAAGCCUGACUUCCUGGCCACCAUCGAUCUCAACCCCAGAUCUCCGUGUUAUGGCCAGGUGAUCCACCGCCUGCCCAUGCCCAACCUCAAGGACGAGCUGCACGCCUCGGGGUUCAGCACUGCCUGCGCCUGCCCUGACAGCGUCACGAGGAGAAGGAACAAGCUGAUUCUGCCCUGUCUGAUUUCCUCCCGCAUCUACGUGGUGGAUGUGGGCUCAGAGUGCCGGGCUCCCAAGCUGUGUAAGAUGAUUGAGCCAGUGGACGUCUUCUGGACAUGCAACAAGGGAUAUCUGAACGUGCCUCGCAGCCUGCCCAACGGAGAUAUCCUGAUUGCCAACUUGGGAGAUCCAUCCGGCAAUGGGAAAGGUGGAUUUAUCGUGCUGGAUGGCGAGAACUUUGAACUGAAGGGGAAUUGGGAAUAUGACUGUGAUGUCCCCCGAAGUGGCUACGACUUCUGCAUCAAACCAUGCCACAACGUCCUGAUCAGCUCUUCCGGAGUUGUCCCAAGAUGUGCAGGACGUGGAUUUAAUCCCAACGACUUCAAGAGGGGGAUCUUUGGGCGCCACCUGAAUGUGUGGAACUUGUCCUGUCACACUCUGACACAGUGCUUUGACCUGGGGGAGGAUUCUCUGCCCCUGAGUGUGAAGUUCCUGCACAACCCCGAUGCUGCUGAGGGAUACGUCGGCUGUGCCCUAAGUGGUGUCGUCUACCGCUUCUACAAGUGUGAGAGAGAGAGCUGGGUAGUAGAAGAGGUGAUCCGGAUCCCACCCAAGGAAGUGACAGGAUGGAUCAUGUGCAAGAUGCCAGCCUUCAUUGCGGACAUCAUCAUCUCCCCGGAUGACAAGUACCUGUACCUCAGCAACUGGCUGCACGGAGACAUCCGCCAGUACGAGCUCUCCAGAAACUGCAAGCCCCGGCUGGUGGGACAGGUGUUCCUGGGAGGUAGCAUCGUCCGUGGGGGACCCGUGACUGUGUGCCGAGAUGAAGAGCUGAAGUGCCAGCCGGAGCCCCUGGUGGUCAAGUGCAAGAGAGUGUAUGGCGGCCCGAGUCAAAUGCAGCUCAGCUUGGAUGGCAAGAGGCUGUACGUCACCAACUCCUUCUACAGCACUUGGGACAAGCAGCUCUACCCGGAUGUGGUGAGGGAAGGCUCUGUCAUGCUGCAGAUUGAUGUGGACACGGAGAAGGGAGGCCUGACCGUCAACAAGAACUUCCUGGUGGAUUUUGGAAAGGAGCCCAAUGGGCCUUGCCUUGCCCAUGCCAUCCAUUUCCCCUGUGGGGACGCCACCACCGAGAACUUUGCCUAGGCCCCACGGGCAAGGCUGCCUUCUUCUCUCUCUUCUGUAGUGUAACCGUUAACAAAGAGCGUAGGGCAAUUGGGUCUGGGGUCCCUGUUCCUUGCUAGAGUCUCAGUUUAUGUUGGCCUGAGCUGUGGGAGCUCUGCUUGCUGUGAGGGUUUUGCUCCAGGCAGAUCAGUGAACGACGCACGGCCUGUUUUCAGCCUUGUUUUCUGUGCUGAGCAGCCCCUGUGGUGUGAGUCCCAGAGCAGAGCCCAGGGCGAUCGCUCCAACACAGUGAUAUGUGUAUGCACAUUGCCUUUCGGCAAAAAGUGAAGUGCCCAAUUCGUCUGAUUUCCCAUUCUUCUGCCAGGACACUCCUGCACAGUCUUCCCUGCCACAAGAGUCCUCGUGGCUCUCUCCUCACAUGCUUGGGUAGCUGUGGUCACAGCUGAAGGAUGCAAAGUGCCUUAUUUUGAAGACAGGUCCCUGUUUCUGCCACUAGUUUGCUUGUUGUGCUUUAAACAUGAAUAAAAUCAUUGCAUCA